AUGGCGCCUCCAACACAAAAGCCGAAAGGCGGCUCCAAGAAGCCCGGUGCCAAAGCCAACCAGGCCGCAAAAGCCACUCUCAAGGGUGUCCACGCACAAAAGGCUCGCAAGAUCCGCAAGUCAACCACAUUCCACAGACCCAAGACCCUCGUUCUCUCGCGAUCACCCAAGUACCCACGCAAGUCCAUCCCCCAUGAGACGAGACUUGACCACCACAAGAUCCUCAUCCACCCUCUGAACACCGAGAGCGCGAUGAAGAAGAUCGAGGAGCACAACACCCUGGUUUUCAUCGUCGAUGUCAAGGCCAACAAGGCACAGAUCAAGGGCGCUCUCAAGAAGCUAUACGAUGUCGACACAGUCAAGAUCAACACCCUGAUCCGACCGGACGGAACGAAAAAGGCUUUUGCCAGAUUAACGACGGACGUUGAUGCUCUUGACAUCGCUGCCACCAAGUUGUCCAUUGUGUAG